AUGUCUCUGAACCGAGUCCAUACAACAGACACGGAGCAGUCUGCAGAGUACUCUGUGGAGUACUCACUGCAGGCUCCCAGUGACCCGGGUCGGACGCGGGAGGUGACCGUGCUCCGGUCGAGCUGCUGCCGCUGCCUGCCGCGCGCAGUGCGCCUCACCUUCACGCCCGAGUCACUGGAGAGACUUUACCAGAGCUACUUCCGCCGCCAGAGACAAGAGAACCUGCUGGUGCUGGCGAUGUUUGCCGCGCUUUUCAACAGCUUCAUCAUCAUCAUGUGUGCGGUGGUGUACACUGAGGACAAACUGGCGAUGGUGGUGGUCGCAGCUGUGGGACUGGCCGCGGACAUUGUCCUCUACCUGCUGUGCUGGUUGCAGAAGCUUCCUGCUUCACCUGUGUUACGCGGAGCGGUACCGUACGUACUGUGGCUGAUGAUCACAAUCCACGUUUUAUGUUACAUGGGGCUGAACAACGAGCGUUUCCCUCAUGCCAGUGACUCAGUGGGAUGGCAGGCCUUCUUCAGUUUCUCCAGCUUCCUGACACUGCCACUGAACCUGGUGCCUCUCCUGCUGCUCACUGCCCUCUCCUCUGGGAUACACACCCUGGUUUUGGGGGUGAUUGUUGCUCAAAGGUUUGAUGCCAACCUGCAAGGGCCCAUGCUGGUGAGACAGCUUUUGGCCAACAACAUGCUGUACCUGUGUGCGGCCAUAGUGGGUGUGAUGUCCUACUACAUGGCGGACAGGAAGUACAGAACAGCUUUUCUGGAAGCGCGCCAGUCACUAGAGGUCAAACUCACCCUGGAGGAGCAGAGUACUCAGCAGGAGGAAUUAUUACUGUCUAUCCUGCCCAAACACAUCGCUGAUGAGAUGCUGCAGGGCAUGAAGAACGAGGCCAAUCAGAAAGAAGUCCAGCAGCAGCAGUUCAACACUAUGUACAUGUACCGCCAUGAAAACGUCAGUAUCCUGUUUGCUGACAUUGUGGGCUUCACCCAGCUGUCCUCAGCCUGUAGUGCCCAGGAGCUCGUGAAGCUGCUCAAUGAACUGUUUGCACGUUUUGAUAAACUGGCAGCACAACAUCACCAACUGAGGAUUAAGAUUCUUGGCGACUGUUACUAUUGUAUCUGUGGUCUUCCUGACUUCAGAGAGGACCACGCAGCCUGCUCCAUAAUGAUGGGCCUUGCCAUGGUGGAAGCCAUCUCGUAUGUGCGAGACAAGACAAAAACUGACGUGGACAUGCGCGUGGGCGUCCACACGGGCACGGUGCUGGGAGGAGUGCUCGGCCAGAAGAGGUGGCAGUUUGACGUUUGGUCCACAGACGUCACUGUAGCCAAUAAGAUGGAGUCUGGAGGGAUUCCUGGGAGAGUGCAUAUUUCCCAGACCACCAAGGACAGUCUGCACGGAGAAUUUGAACUGGAGCCGGGGAAUGGCGGAGAGAGGUGCGAGUACCUGCUGGAGAAAGGCAUCGACACUUACUUGGUUCUGGUGUCUGAGGUGGCGAAUGGGCUCAGUGGAAACAAACCCAGCACACUGACUAACAGAAAUUCAAACAACUUGAUCAACACUACAGCAACCAAUGGGAAUGUGGCCUCACCCCAGUCCACGCCCACUGAGUCUAAACAGGAGAGGAAUAAAAUGGUUGAGGAGCAAGUGAUCAACAGGCGACUGCAGCAGGAGCUGCUGGAGAGAGAAACUCAGCAAAUAAUGAAGGAUCAUCAGAUCAACCCUGUGUCGUUGUGUUUUGUGGAUGGAAAGUUGGAGGAGCAUUACUCCUCCGAGAAGGAGAGGCGAAGUGGAGCGGCCUUCUGCUGCUGCAUGAUAGUGCUCUUUUUCAUCACAGCAAUGCAGGUGUUCAUAGACCCACUGUUGGGUGUGAACUAUGUGACUCUGGCAAUAGGAGAGGUUUUGUUGCUAAUCCUCACAGUGUGCUCUCUGGCUGCCAUCUUUCCCAGGAUGUUCUCCAAGAGGUUGGUGUCUUUCUCAAUUUGGAUCGAUCGCACGCGCUGGGCAAGAAACACAUGGGCCAUGGCAGCAAUAUUUGUUCUUACCAUGGCUGUGAUCGCUGACAUGCUAAGUUGUGCUCCACCAUCCCUCCGGGUCUUUAACAGCACCUCUGGCCCUGUCUUGGAGUCAUUUGGUGACCAAGGCUGUGUCGAAAACCCAAAGCACUACAGCUUCAUGGCUGUGAUGUCACUCAUCGCAGCCGCCAUGUUGGUACAGGUCAGCCAUCUGAUUAAACUGGGCCUCAUGGUGCUGGUUGUGACAGCAACUGGAGCUGUUAACAUCUACAGCUGGCGGGACAUUUAUGACCUGUAUGACUAUAUACAGUUCGCCUCCUACAGAACAUCUACAGUUCCAUCAAAGUACCUCAUGACCAUUAUGAUUAUCAUCAUGAUGAUCGGCUUCUACUUCUUCGGACGCCAUCUGGAGUGUCAGUCCAGGAAGCUGUUCCUGUGGAAGAUUGGCGUCCAUGACCAGAAGGAGAGAGUGUUUGAGAUGAGACGCUGGAACGAAGCUCUGGUCACCAACAUGCUGCCUGAACAUGUGGCCAAACACUUUCUGGGCUCUAAGAAGAGAGAUGAGGAGCUGUACAGCCAGUCCUACGAUGAAAUAGGUGUGAUGUUCGCUUCCAUCCCCAACUUUUCUGACUUCUACACUGAAGAGAGCAUCAACAACGGAGGGCUUGAGUGUCUCAGGAUUCUCAAUGAGAUAAUCUCCGACUUUGACAGCCUGCUCGACAGGGACGAGUUCCGCUGCAUCACUAAGAUCAAGACGAUAGGAAGCACCUACAUGGCUGCAUCAGGACUCACCCCAGAGAGCAACACCAAUGGAUACAGCAACCUCAAGCCAGAGGACCAGUCACAGAUUGAGCGCUGGCAGCACAUCUCUGCCCUGGCGGACUUUGCCUUGGCAAUGAAAGUCACCCUCAACAACCUCAACAAACAGUCCUUCAACAACUUCAUGCUCCGAAUCGGUCUGAAUAAGGGAGGAGUUCUGGCUGGAGUGAUUGGAGCUCGUAAACCUCACUAUGACAUCUGGGGCAACACAGUCAAUGUCGCCAGCAGAAUGGAGUCCACUGGAGUGAUGGGAAACAUCCAGGUGGUGGAGGACUGCUAUGACAUCCUUAAGCAGUAUGGCUUCCGUUUUAUCCGAAGAGGGCCCAUAUUUGUCAAAGGGAAAGGGGAGCUGCUAACUUUCUUCAUGAAGGGCAAAGACAAACCCAGUAGCAAUGGCGGUCCAGUGACCACUGCCCUUCCACACCAAGUUGGGGACCUUUCUUGA